UGAGGCGGGCUCAGGCGGGCUGAGCCGAGAUGCCCAGACAGUUUCCAAAGCUGAACAUCUCUGAGGUCGACGAGCAGGUGCGACUUCUAGCAGAGAAGGUAUUUGCUAAAGUUCUCCGAGAAGAAGACAGCAAAGAUGCCUUGUCACUAUUCACCGUGCCUGAGGACUGCCCUAUUGGGCAGAAAGAGGCCAAAGAAAGGGAGCUGCAGAAGGAACUGGCAGAACAACAGUCUGUGGAAACAGCUAAAAGGAAGAAAAGCUUUAAGAUGAUUCGAUCCCAGUCUUUGUCAUUACAAAUUCCAUCUCAGGAAUGGAAAGCACCAUCGGCCAAUCCUGUUUUGUCUCCUGCAACACCAGUUCUUCCAAGUACUUUUCUGCCAGUCCAAGUGCCAUAUGAUGUACCAGAGUUUCAGAGAGUUUCAAUUAGUGGGGACUACUGUGCUGGGGUUACAGUUGAUGAUUAUGAACAAGCUGCCAAAAGCCUGGUGAAGGCUCUUCUCAUUCGAGAAAAGUAUUCACGUCUUGCCUACCAUCGCUUCCCAAGAACAACGUCUCAGUAUUUGUGUAGCAUGCAAGAUGAAAAAUGGAAGGUUGAAGAUGAAGUGUAUCCAGAUUUUCAUUCACCCCCAGAAGAAAAUGAAGAUCCUUACAAUCUUGAUGAUGCUCCAGACAAUUUGGAUUAUGUUAUCAAGCUAAAAGGUGGCAUUCCCUUUGUUUAUGAUAACAAAGAAAUGAUGGAACUCAAUGAGCCUCGGAGUCUGCCAUAUCCUGAUCUGGAGACCUAUACCCUUGACCUGAGCCACGUCCUUGCUCUAAUUGCAGAUGGCCCAACAAAAACAUAUUGUCAUCGGAGGCUUAACUUUUUAGAAUCUAAAUUUAGUUUACAUGAGAUGUUAAAUGAAAUGUCGGAAUUUAAAGAACUAAAGAGUAAUCCCCAUCGAGACUUCUAUAAUGUGAGAAAGGUUGAUACUCAUAUCCAUGCUGCUGCUUGCAUGAACCAGAAACACUUACUGAGGUUUAUUAAGCACACGUAUCAAACGGAACCUGACAGGAUUGUUGCAGAGAAAAAAGGCAAGAAGAUGACUUUAAAGCAAGUCUUUGAAAGCCUUCACAUGGACCCAUAUGACCUCACUGUAGACUCUUUAGAUGUCCAUGCAGGUCGUCAAACAUUUCAUCGAUUUGACAAAUUCAAUUCCAAGUACAAUCCAGUUGGUGCCAGUGAGCUGAGGGACUUGUAUUUGAAAACCGAGAACUACAUUGGUGGUGAAUAUUUUGCUCGUAUGGUCAAGGAAGUAGCCCGUGAACUAGAAGAAAGUAAGUACCAGUAUACAGAACCCCGCUUAUCCAUUUAUGGACGGUCUCCAGAUGAAUGGCUGAACUUGGCAAAAUGGUUCAUUAAGCAUAAAGUUUAUUCCCCUAAUAUGCGCUGGAUAAUUCAGGUUCCCAGAAUCUAUGACAUAUUUAGGUCUAAAAAUAUUCUACCUAGUUUUGGGAAGAUGUUGGAGAACAUCUUUGUACCUUUGUUUGAAGCAACAAUUAAUCCCAAAGACCACAAAGAAUUGCACCUUUUCCUCAAAUAUGUGACUGGCUUUGACAGUGUUGAUGAUGAAUCCAAACACAGUGGCCAUAUGUUCUCUGACAAGAGCCUUAACCCUGACCUCUGGACCAGUGAGAAGAAUCCCCCCUAUAGCUAUUAUCUGUAUUAUAUGUAUGUGAACAUCAUGUUGCUAAACAACCUUAGGAGGGAAAGAGGCAUGUGUACUUUUCUAUUUCGACCUCACUGUGGUGAAGCCGGCUCUAUCACACACCUUGUAUCAGCUUUUCUGACAGCAGACAACAUCUCUCAUGGAUUGCUCUUGAAGAAGAGUCCUGUCCUCCAGUAUCUUUACUAUCUUGCACAAAUACCCAUUGCUAUGUCUCCCCUUAGUAACAACAGCCUAUUCCUGGAGUACUCAAAAAAUCCACUACGGGAAUUUCUACAUAAGGGACUUCAUGUCUCUCUCUCCACAGACGAUCCUAUGCAGUUUCAUUAUACAAAGGAAGCUCUCAUGGAGGAAUAUGCUAUUGCAGCCCAGGUGUGGAAACUAAGUACCUGUGAUUUGUGUGAAAUAGCAAGAAACAGCGUGCUGCAGAGUGGAUUGUCAGACAAGGAAAAGCAGAAAUUCUUAGGGGUGAAUUACUGUAAAGAAGGGCCUGAGGGAAAUGACAUUCGAAAGACAAACGUUGCCCAGAUCCGGAUGGCCUUCAGGUACGAGACACUGUGCAAUGAACUUAGUUUCCUGUCUGAUGCUAUGAGAACAGAAGAGAUUUCUACUCUGUCGAAGUAGUUACAAACUCAGAGAAACCAGAACAUUUCACUCCUAAGCAGGGUAAGAUGGUAAUUAACACUGAAUCAUCUGUUUUGAUGCUACCAAGACGUAACUGAACAGAACAGCGAAAACCAGAGUACCUAUGGAAGGUAAACAGCAUUUGCUGUUAUCUUUUACUGCGUUAUUCUCAUUGCAAAAAUUUCAGUUUCUGCAAACAUCAGACUUUGUAAGAUUGCUGUAAAUAUUAACUGCUCAGAAUCAUGUCAUGUUUGUCUCAUACUGUCUUAACUGUGCACUGUACUGUAGCUUGGAAACCAACAGAGCCUAUCUAGUGCAUCUGGGAGCGCACCUUGAGCUCCUGCAGGUGUCCUGUGGGGCUCAGUAGCCUCAUGGCGUUCAGCACCUGUAUGUUUAACUCUUCAUUCAUUAGCAGUUUCUAUGGAGUGCAUAAUUUUGAGGCUACCUUUUCAUGCUGGAAGGUGUUCAGACAGUUUUUAUCUUAAUGUUUCAGCAGUUAUAUGGGAAAAAAAGAAAAAGGAAAAUCUGGUAGUCUUGUUUAAUAGCUAAUGAAUUGCUUCCUGUUGUCACGUAGGGUGUCUGUGAAGAACAGCAGAUUAAUACCUUUUAAUCUAGUAAGUAGAAAACAUGGUGUCACAAUCAUCACUAUUGUACAUUUUAAUAAUGAGUCUAAUUAUAUCAUGAAAACUUUGCCUUGAAAGUUGAGAACACUUUUUUUAUUGCUUUGUAAGGAGAAUACAUGGAUAUGCCAGUUGAAAUUACUUGGAAAUUUAUGCAGAUAAUUUUGGUUGCAUAUAAAGAGAAAUUUUUUACUUGAACAAAGGACGUGUUCUUAUAAAUCAGUGGUAGAAACUCCAGACCUGGGUUCUGGUCCUACUUCUGACAUCUUUUUACAUGUUUGUGUUAGUUUGUAUUUUAGUCAGUUAGCAUUGAAUGAGAAGUCUAUUUAUACAGAAGCUAACCCACUUGAAAUAUGUCAUUUCAAAUCAUGUUAUGUUAAACUUUUUUUAUGACGGAGUGGCUAGUAAAAUACAGCCACUAGAAUAUUUAUAACGUUCAGUCUUUUUUCUAUUUGAUCAUCCUUCUUAAGACAUGGUUCUUACUACUCGUUCCGAAAGGUUUAAAGGUAAUAACAUGGUAGCAUCUGUCUGACUCAAGUCCAGGGGCAGCAGAGGAUGUUGAUGCCUCUAAGCCCACAUUACACUAGCUCACUGGAAGGCCUGCAGGCCCUAAGCCUGUGGUUAGAGACCUGGGUAUCUAAGACAAUACAGAGGGAGCUUAGGCAUCCUAGAACAGUGAUUCAGAAUUAAUGCAGAAAAAGGAAAUAAUGAAUACUAGCCAAUCAAGCCUCACUAGGCCUAGAACCCUGCCCAUUUUACUACAUCAGUUGUCUUGGGCUACUUGUAUUUCAUAGGCCAGACCCUUCUCCUGGGGCUUGGGCACCUACAUCCUUCAAGAACUGAUCAGGUCUCACUUUCCCUUGGAAAUGCAGCCAGAAGUAGCAGCUGUGACAUCAGCAGUCCCAAACAACUCGCUGAUGGCACAGAUGUAUACGUGCAUUGAAGACACAGGCUCCCUCCUCAGGCUGGGGCAGGUCAGUACCUGCAAGGCUGGUUUUUUAAUGUACCUGCUGUCCUGAAUGCUGAUUGCAGGGAAAUGGCACCAAAGUAGGGGAAGGAGGAAUUCCCUAUCGCCUCCUACAGCUGUGCAGCCCUCCAAGAGCCCCCUAAGAGAGGUUAAGGCUAAAGCCCCUUAGGAAGCAGCCUGGGAGUGGGGCUGUCCCGAGGGAGCCCGGCAGAGGGGCAGAGCUGUGGCUGUGCCGCUGCCGGGAGCUGCCCUGACUGCAGACGUUCUGCACCAAAACAGGGUGCUGGGUGCUGCAGAGAGGUGCUGGGGGAACUGACCCUGGCUCCUCCGCGCCCCAGCCUAACGUCUGCAGUGUUCAGCAAGUGCCAGAUACUGCAUUCCUUGUGCAGCCAAAACCCCCGUGAAACCAUGCUACGCUGCGCAGUUGUAGAACAUUGUCCAGAGUUCUUAGUCAGCCUGUUGGCCUCACUGUUAGAAACUUUAGCAGCUCAUGUUACCAGGAUUGGUGAGUGUAAUGUUCUUAGGAUGAAGUCUGAAAACAGUGGUUCAAAUAUUUUAGCUGCAUAAAAUGCAGACAUCUUGUUUUCAUUAGUACAGCUUACUAAUAAAUUAUUAUCAAUAUAACAUUAUUUACCUGAGAAAAGCAUCUGUGUCUAGGCUGAAUAGGCAACAUGCUUGAAGAACUGAAACUCUGUAUUUUCAUCUGAUAAACACAGCUUUACUUGGGAUUGUUUCACCUGGAGAUCGCUAUUAAUGCUGCUUUUGUUGUUACUUAGAUUUCUUACUUAGUUUUCUUAAUACUAUAGCAAAUUAAUGUAUGUUUAAUACCUUUCCAGCUUUCCUUACCUCAAACAUAUCAGGUUCUAAUAUGUCUGUAGCUCUUAUUAAAGAAAAAACCAAAACUGGAUUUGAAUAUUCAGUUAAUAGACAGUAAUUGAGAUUAUUGACAAGAGUGGCAGUAACACACAAGUGGCCAUGACCACAGGUUCUGCUUUCUGUGACUUCCUUGUGUGCUGCUUUUAAGGAUAAAUUGAACCAACAGUGUUAUAUUUAGGGGAAAAAAAGACAUUAUUUCAAGCUUCCACUACUCCAUCUCUUUUGGUCAUCUUUUAAUUAGGCAGAAGCUACUGAUUCUCAAGUUCAGUUCUUAAAUUUCACAUUUUUUUUUAAGUUUCACUUCUCUAAUGUAUGGCUGUUGGAGACAACCUUACAGUCGUAGGGUCUGUGUGUAACGAAGUGUUACUGAUACCUGGAUUACUGUUGUACACAUUUACUCACAUUUAAGACAGGUCAGUUGCUUCGUGCAACAGGGUUGAGACCAAACCUGGUUACACCACAGCUUGUGUUUUACUCAAACGGGGACUAGAAGCACAUCACUGCUGGUGUUUCUUCAGAAGGGGAGAACGUCCUCUUUUUGCAUCAUUUCAUUGGUGUUAAGGUUCAAACAUUAUUCAAGACUUCUUUAAAUCUGUUAGCUCAGAGCAUUUUAUACUUUCACCUAAAAUGAUUAAUGAUGGUUAUUUGAUGUUUACAACAAAUCUAUCUGAACAAUUUCUAAUGAUACUCUUCUAUUCUGUUACGUUACUUUAGCAUUUGCUCUGCCCCUGGGUAAUACCAUUUUUUUUUCCCUCACUCAAGAGUUACUUUAUCUUCUCAUUAUCUUUGUUCUUUACUUGUGGCUAAGUCUUUCUGUUCUAUUUGCCUAGUUAAAAUCUAAGUCUGAAAAAGGUGGUGGGGGGGGAGGGAUAUCUGUAAAAACUGCUUUUUCUUUCUGUGCCUGGGAACAAUUAUUAUCUUUUGCCUCUUGUGGAAGCAUUAAACAUUACACAAAUAAAUAAAUUAUGAAAGAUUAUG